AAUGCAACCAUAACAACACUUUGUCGGGGCCCACCACCGAUGGGCUUUCUAUUGUGUAGGGGGGCCUGUGUGGCCCGAGCGCUGGUGUGCCGUGAGCUGACAUGCUUGCGCAAUCCUAAUGCGGCCAGGCACGCCUACACGCUUGGGACAAUACUGUAACCAAUUACGCUUAGACUCAGGCUACAGGAAGUACUCCGGCUGACGGACCCGCAGAGCUACACCUCCCUUGUCCGUCACAUAUAAGGACCACCUAUCAGUCCAACUUCUUCACAGCACAAUCCAAACGAAUUCAUUAGCUAUGAGAAGCAUACAUCUCCUCGUUCUCAUCCACGGCAUGUGGGGCAAUCCUGACCACCUUGCUCGGAUGCAUGAAAUAAUCCAAGAAGUCAAGGGACAUGGCUCAGAAGAGACCGAGCUCGCUGUUCUCAUCGCUCAGACCAACCGUGACGAGGCAACCUAUGACGGUAUCGACUGGGGCGGCGAAAGGGUUGCUGACGAGUCAUUGACGAAGUUAACAAGCACUGAAAGUCAAGGGAGGAGGGUCACACGUUUCUCACUAAUGGGAUAUAGUCUAGGUGGGCUCGUUGGACGAUAUGUAAUUGGCAUCCUCCAUCAGAACAAGUUCUUUGAGAAGGUGACACCGGUCAACUUCAAUACCAUCGCCACGCCUCACAUUGGCAUCCCUACACUUCCUACUCCACUCUCUGCUGUGGCUUCUUACGUGGGACGGAAAUUGUUGUCGCGAACAGGGGAACAAUUCUACUGUGCUGAUAAAUGGUCUCCGAAGGGUAGGCCCUUAAUUGAGGUCCUUGGCGACCCAGACUAUAUCUUUUACCAAGCGCUUGUUCUCUUUCGCAAUAUCGGAAUUUACGCGAAUGCGAUUAAUGACCUCAGUGUACCCUACGUUACAGGUGCCAUCGAAUCCACGGACCCCUUCUAUGGUUAUCAGAGAAAUGGAAUAAAGAUAGAGUUUGAGGAGAACUACAAAUACGUUAUUAAAUCAUAUAUCCCGCCGGAUCCCACCACACUACCCACCUUGGAAGCUCAACGACCUUUUUUCAAUAGAAUUUCGGAAAUGGCUGUCCCCUUCCUUCCAAUCCUACUCCCGGCUUUCGCGACGGUUGUACUGGUUCGAUUUUCGAUUUGCUCUAAGAAAUCUAGAGCCCGAUUGCAAACACUUGAGGCUGAUGCGUCGGCUCGAGAGAGGCUUAUCCAUGUGGUUGCCAAACUCGAGAGAGAACUCGAAGCUGCCGCAUUGAAGAUAUGCGAAGACCCCAGAGGACCCAGUGCAUCCACCAAUCCCACAUUUGGUGGCUCAGAGGUGCCAGAGCUCGCUUCCGGUAUGGAGGUAGUACCAAAGACGGGGUCUUCAUCUUUUUCACGGCCAGUGCUCACUGCCGGUCAACUACGAUCCAUCGACAAUCUCAACAAGAUACCCCAGCUGAAGAAGACCUUAGCAUUUUUUGCAGACGUUUUCAAUUCGCAUGCCAUUAUUAUCUGUCGGAUGCCGAAGUACCAGCAUAACUGGAAGGGAGAAUGUGUUAUGCGACAUUGGGCCGAUCAUUUUGAACUGUAGUGUUCAACGGACUCUUACACUGUCAUGGUAUAGACGGCCACACCUAUUCCUUGGGAAUUUUCUUUUAGGGGGAUCAGCAGUGCCCAUAUAAUUAUACCCUGCCUCGAAUCGUCAUGAGGGAGAGGAUCUCCGGUCAAAUGCCCCUGUUAUUAUGUAGCAAUUACCCCUUGCUGUAAAUAGGACAUGUGUUGAACAAUUAUCGAGCCGUGCUGAAUCUCCGGCCAAGUUCUCCCA